CGACUCUUCCUUUGACUGUGGGAGCAAACGCACUCUUCGAAAUGGCUCUUAGAGUUACCAGAAACCGCUUGGCUUCUACCAGGACUGAGCUCGCCGGAAAGGCCUGCUCGGUGGCUGGGCCCACACAGAAGCCUCGGGCGGCGCUUGGAGAAAUUGGAAACAUCGCAGCUAACAAAGAAGUACAGAAAAAGAAUGUCAAGACAGAAGCUACCAAGAAGACCAAAGUCACCACUAAAGUUGAAAAGGUCGAACAGCCGAAACCCGCCGUGGUUCCUGUUAAGCCUGAGCCCGAGGUGGUGCCUGAGGUUCUGCCUGAACCUGCAUCCCCGACUCCGAUGGAGACUUCUGGCUGUGAGCCUGCUGAGCUCUGUCAGGCGUUUUCAGACGUCAUGCUUCACACCGCUGUCAGGGACGUAGAUGCAGACGAUUAUGAGAACCCCAUGCUCUGCAGCGACUACGUGAAGGACAUCUACAAGUAUCUGCGCCAGCUUGAGAUCGAUCAGAACGUCAGACCCAGUUAUCUGAAGGGUCAGGAGGUGACUGGGAACAUGCGAGCCAUCCUCAUCGACUGGCUGGUGCAGGUGAACCUCAAGUUCCGUCUGCUGCAGGAGACCAUGUACAUGACUGUGGGACUCAUUGAUCGCUUUCUUCAGGACCACCCAGUCCCCAAGAAGCAGCUGCAGCUGGUUGGCGUCACGGCCAUGUUCCUCGCCUCCAAAUACGAGGAGAUGUAUCCCCCAGAGAUCUCAGACUUUGCCUACGUGACUGACCGGGCCUACACCACGGCCCAAAUCAGAGACAUGGAGAUGACAAUUCUGCGGGUGCUGAAGUUCAAACUGGGCCGCCCUCUUCCUCUGCAGUUCCUCAGAAGGGCUUCGAAGAUUUAUGAGGUUACUGCUGAGCAACACACCCUGGCAAAGUACCUCCUGGAGCUCACCAUGGUCGACUAUGAGAUGGCUCAUCUCCCUCCCUCCAUUGUGGCGAGUGCUGCUUUGGCGCUUACGCUCAAAGUUUUGGAUGCUGGCGAAUGGGAUGCCACACUGCAGCACUACAUGGACUACACGGCAGAGAGUUUGAUUCCUGUUAUGGCGCACAUUGCCAAGAAUGUCGUCAGAGUGAACGAAGGUCUGACCAAGCACAUGGCCAUCAAAGGCAAAUACUCCACCUCAAAGCAGAUGAGGAUCGCCACCAUCUCGCAGCUCAAGUCUUCAGUGGUUAAGGAUCUUGCAAAGCAGCUCACUCAGUGAGGUCACGAUUGACUUUGGCACCAUGUGCUGAUUUUUGUACAGAUGUAACUUAAGCUUUUAACGACUGAACAAUCUGUGAACCAAGGACCAUGUCAGUGAUUUGAGUGUUUAACCAACUGAAAUUGUGUAUUUUUAGGGACUUUUUUUAAUGUAAGCCAUAAGAUUAAAUCUGUCUUCCACAUGAAGGCUUGGCCACAAAAUGGCAGUUCAGUCUAAUCAGGUUGUAAACUUCUGUCCUUAACCUUGAGUUUAACUUGGAUGCAUUUACUUGGGAGAUUCAGUCAGCUAUCACUGAUUAUUGUAAUAACACAAGCCUGGUUUUUAAGCUGUUAUCUGGAAAUGCAGCUAGUUUUCUUCUUUGUUUACAACAGUUGAUGCACUAUUUGUUAGCUGACUGAAGUUGUGACACAUUAGCCUUGAACACCAUUUAAAUAUACCAGCUGAUUGUUGCCACACUGUAACUUGACUUAAGCCACGUUAAGUGCAUUUUUAAGUCAUCUUAUCACUUUACCAGCUGCCAGAAGUGGAAGAUCUGAAACUUGUGGCAUGAUUUCAAAAUGGUCGCUCAUGUAAAAGGUUCUGUAGACGGAUGACACACUUCAGCCUUUUUUUUUCUUUUAAGGGAUUCUUUUCUUGUGUGUGGAAGUGAAUAUGUACAGCAAUACUUUUAAAUGACUUUAAUGUUCUUAAAUGUCUUGUUCUUAAAGCAUCUAUUAAAUGGUUUUCACCAGAG